UCACUGGAUAUCCCAAAAUACGUACCCAUCGAAAAAUCCAUGUACGGACGGAUUAACGGCCUUACCCACUUCUGGCUUCUUCUCUGGAAUUUAGAAAGUGCUGUCUGCUGUUUGUUUUUCUAACAAUUCGUAUUUCUGGAUUGUGGUUUUUCUCUUUCUUUUUCCUUCCUGUAAUUGUUAUUUGUUAGCUUGCCUGUUACUUUUCCUCCAAAAAGAGUGGGAAUCAUGCUGUUGCUUUGCUUGAGCUAAAAAGCAAUCCAAACACUCCCUAAUUCAACUUUCAGAGAGCCAAUUUCUUUAUCUCGCGGGAUUUAUCUACCCCUUAUUAUUUAAAGCCAUUGCGGUUAGAGCAGAGGAAUUUAUAGUCACAGAUCUAUAUUGAAGAUAUAAAUGGCAACGCUAGGGGAUAUAGGGGUUUCAGCGGCUAUAAAUCUUCUAAGUGCAUUAAUUUUCCUUUUAGCAUUUGCAAUUUUAAGGCUACAGCCCUUCAAUGACAGGGUUUACUUCCCAAAAUGGUAUCUUAAGGGCUUAAGAAGUAGUCCUACGCGCUCAGGAGCGUUUGUGCGGAGGUUUGUCAAUUUAGACUUUAGAUCGUAUCUGAGAUUUCUAAAUUGGAUGCCUGAAGCAAUCAGAAUGCCAGAGCCUGAGCUUAUUGAGCAUGCGGGGUUGGAUUCUGCUGUUUAUUUGCGCAUUUACUUGAUAGGGCUUAAGAUUUUUGUUCCUAUGGCAAUGCUUGCUUGGGCUAUCCUGGUUCCAGUUAAUUGGACAAAUAACACCUUGGAGCUAGCAAAGCUGUCUAACGUGACCUCCAGCGACAUUGACAAGCUUUCAAUUUCAAAUAUCCCGCUUGGAUCGGAUAGAUUUUGGACGCAUAUAGUGAUGGCUUAUGUCUUUACUUUUUGGACAUGCUAUGUGUUAAUGAAGGAGUAUGAGAAAGUUGCUACAAUGCGCCUGCAGUUUCUUGCCUCAGAAAGACGUCGUCCAGAUCAAUUUACGGUCCUUGUUAGGAAUGUGCCACCAGAUCCUGAUGAAUCUGUUAGUGAACUUGUGGAGCACUUUUUUCUAGUCAAUCAUCCAGAUCACUAUCUUACGCAUCAGGUGGUAUACAAUUCAAACAAACUAGCCAAAUUGGUGAAGAAGAAGAAAAGUAUGCAGAACUGGCUUGACUUCUACCAAAUUAAGUAUUCUAGGGAUCAAUCACAGAGGCCUUUGAUAAAGACUGGUUUUCUUCGGCUUUGGGGGCAAAAGGUGGAUGCAAUUGAUCAUUACAACUCUGAGAUUGAGAAACUAUCAAAAGAAAUAGCAGAAGAGAGGGAAAAAGUUGAAACAGAUCCGAAGUCUGUCAUGCCAGCAGCAUUUGUUUCUUUCAAAAGUCGAUGGGGUGCGGCUGUUUGUGCACAAACUCAACAAUCGAGAAACCCAACUUUGUGGUUAACAGAGUGGGCCCCAGAGCCGCGUGAUGUCUAUUGGCAAAACCUUCCAAUACCAUAUGUUUCACUUGCGAUUAGGAGGUUGAUAAUGAAUGUUGCAUUCUUUUUCCUUACCUUCUUUUUCAUGAUUCCAAUCGCAUUUGUGCAAGCUCUUGCAAGUAUUGAGGGAAUUGAGAAAAGAGCUCCCUUUCUGGAGCCCAUUAUUGAAAUAAAAUUUAUUAAAUCACUUAUCCAAGGUUUUCUACCUGGCAUUGCGUUGAAGCUUUUUCUGAUCUUCUUGCCAACGAUAUUGAUGAUCAUGUCUAAAUUUGAGGGUUUCACGUCUUUGUCAUCUCUAGAAAGGAGAUCAGCUAUGCGAUAUUAUCUUUUCAACAUUGUGAACGUAUUCCUUGGGAGCAUAAUUGCUGGAAGUGCAUUUGAACAACUCAAUUCUUUCAUAAAGCAGUCUGCUAGCGAAAUUCCUAAAACAAUUGGUGUGGCUAUUCCAAUGAAAGCAACUUUCUUCAUAACAUACAUAAUGGUUGAUGGAUGGGCGGGAAUAGCAGGAGAAGUUUUGAUGUUGAAACCUCUAAUAAUCUUCCACCUGAAGAAUUUCUUCCUGGUGAAGACUGAAAAGGAUAGGGAAGAGGCAAUGGAUCCUGGAAGCCUUGGUUUCAACACUGGAGAACCUCGUAUACAAUUCUAUUUUCUGUUAGGUCUUGUAUAUGCAACAGUUACACCGGCUCUUCUUCCGUUCAUAAUAAUUUUCUUUGCCUUUGCUUAUGUCGUGUUUCGUCAUCAGAUCAUAAAUGUUUACAACCAAGAGUACGAGAGUGGUGCAGCAUUUUGGCCUGAUGUUCAUGGACGUAUUAUCAUUGCAUUGAUAAUCUCACAGGUGCUUUUGAUUGGACUGUUGAGCACAAAGCAUGCUGCUCAGUCAACACCUUUUCUCAUUGCCCUGCCUGUACUCACUAUAUGGUUUCAUAAUUUCUGCAAAGGCCGCUAUGAACCUGCAUUUAUUAGAUAUCCAUUACAGGAAGCCAUGAUGAAAGAUACACUGGAACGUGCAAGGGAGCCAAACCUGAAUUUGAAAGCCUAUCUCCAAAAUGCAUAUAUGCAUCCAGUUUUCAAAGGUGAUGAUGACGAAGAGGAUGAAGACAUAAGUGAAAAAUUGGUGACAGAGAGUGUUCUCGUCCCUACAAAACGCCAAUCGAGAAGAAAUACACCUGUGCCUAGCAGAAUUAGCAGUGCAUCUUCACCAUCUUUGACUGAGGUUAUUAAGGAACAUCCGGAACCUUAAUUCCCACGUACGAGACUUAAAUCUCACUGUACAUUUUGUCACAUUGCAACACUAGGGAAGAGUAAAGAUACUGUAAAUUAAAGGAUCGAGGAUAUUGUGGUUUGUAAAAGAGGAUAAAGAAAAGGUGCCGGCUACAAGCAUUCAAAUAUUCCAAGAAGAAAUGCAAGUUCUGGAUUUUGUGGUGGCACCUCAAGUCAAGAAUGAUUGUAGAUUAUUUAAGGUACAUUACAAAAAGUAGAUUUUUGUGUGCGUUUUUCAGAUAGGGACGUAUUGUACAUUUAAGGGUGUAGUUGUUUCUGUAAUCAGUUGGAAAAUUUUCAAUUUCUGUAUCCAUACUCCCCGUCUGCAUAUGCACAUUCCAAGGCUUGCUACUGCUUCCUGAAACCUUUGGUCGUUCUAAUUGGAAAGAACAUUUUUUUACA